ACCAACGCGACUGGAAGAAAUCACUUUUCAUACUAUGCGAUCAUACAGGGUAGCCUGUGCCAUCGUUUUGGCCAACGUGGGAAUCAUACUCGGCUGUCACAUUUGGCUGGCCCAUUUCGGCUCCGAUUCAAGAAAUAAUAACGAAGAUUCCGGCGCAAUAAGAAGAGUAGUGCGCAUUUCCCAGUGGAGACAAGAUUACCUUGAGGCCAUCGACAGCCGUCGGAUCGUGUUGCACGAAACGAGCGGACGAGGCGAUUUGAACGUCCGGCAAAGUUGCGCUGCCGAAUCGGCAGCCCGACACAAUCCCGACCGCCCGAUUCAAAUUUUCAUGCGAUGGAAAACGACGUCCAGGGACGACCCUGGGAAUUCGACAGACGCCUGGCUGACCGUUCUAUCUCAUUACAACAACGUGGAAAUUGUUCAAAUUGAUGAUGCAAUCCUUUACUCGAAUAAUACGGCCCUGUACAACUGGUUCAAAAUUAAAUGGCGGGAAAAUGCCCAGCAGCACCUGUCCCAUGACUAUAUUCGAUCGGUGACGUUGUUUAAAGGCGGUGGCCUCUUCCUGGACAUGGAUAAAGUGAUCACAAUCAAGCCUCUGACUUGGUCGAAAUGGAACAACUUUUUCGUUCAGAGGAAAAGCGGAAUCAUCGCUGUCGAGAUGCUGCACCUCCUCCACGGCCACCAUUUAAUCGACGAGAUCAUCUUGAACAUGGCCAAUAAUAAGGCGGAUGAUGCGGCAACAGGCAACGGGAUUUUGGCAGCCGCCAUUGACGCUAGCGUCAACAAGAUUUGCGGCAGCUGGAAGAAUAAUCAGUGUCUGGAUGUCCGGUUGAUUGACGAAGAAGACGUCAUCUUACCACCAUUUGACUCGCUAUUUUGGGACUCAUCGAUUCUUGGAAUGAAUUCAAAAGGAGGAUAUGACGUCAUGAAAAAGACCAUCGUGAAUCACGGGGCUGUUUUGAUGGAAUGGGAAUCAAUUAUUAGAAAUUCAUUCGAAUCUGUGCUGUACGUGGCUCUCAUGGAGGAACACUGCCCUUUCACGCUUGCCAAUGCCAAACAUUUCCCCAAUUUCCACUCAUCACUUAAUAAUUUCAAUCAAUAA